AUGGCGUCCGCCAUCUCCAGUCAUAUCCUCAACCCGGCAAGCGCGCCUGUCCCCGACUUGUCCUUCCUGCAGUAUCUCAAGAGCGCAUUCCCUCCCUUCGGCUUCCCGAACAAACACAACCGUCCGACAUGCUCUGCCUACAAGAACGGCCAUUGUCCGCUUGGUCCAGCUUGUCCUGACCGCCACUAUACUCCGCCAAACGAGCGCUCUGGAAUUGGUCAUCUCAUUUGCAAACAUUACCAACGCGGCCUCUGCAAGAAAGGCGACCAGUGCGAGUUUGCCCACACCUUCGACUUGCGCGGUGAGAGAGAGUGCAAAGAGUUCAGCCGCUUUGGCCUCUGCCCUCAGGGUGACGAAUGCACCUACCUCCAUAUAGCUCCUACUUCUCCUCUACGCAUUGCGCCGUGCCCUCACUUUGCCCGUGGCUUUUGUCCUUUGGGUCUCUAUUGUAGUCUACGACACAUCAAACACGCCGCCAUCUGCCGUUUCUAUCUUGCUGGCUUCUGUCCCAACGGUCGCGCCGGCCCGCCUGACAGAGACAACGUCGUAUCGUGCGAGCAUGGUGCCCACCCUAAAUGGAUUGAUGGAGACAACCUGAAAAAGCCGGAGCCUCGUCGCGUCAAGCCUGAAGAAGAGCUUCGCAGAGAGCAAGAAGAGCGCGAGGAAGAAUUCUUCGCCGAGGAGGAAAAGCGUCGCGAACGCUUUGAACGUGGAGAGAGUGGCGGUGGCCGCGGCUGGGGGAAACGUAGAGGCAGAGGAAGGGGUGGUUGGAGAGGACGAGGUGGUUGA